GGGACGGAGCCUGGGCGCCGAGGCUAUGAGGAGUCAGGAGGUGCUGGGCCAAGCGGCCCGCUUGGCCUCCUCCGGUCUGCUCCUCCAGAGAUUUGCAGACUGCUGUGAUCCGCUGAUGUACCUAGAUUGAGUCUUCCAGAUUGCAACUGUUCACGUGUAACUCUGCGGGUGUUUGACACAGAAGUGAUCUGUCAUUUGCUCUGGAGUGACCCUGAGUUACACCUGUGGUGCUUCCAGGAUGCAAGGGGGAGUCACUUGGUGGUGUUUCGAUUGAUCACCUUUGUCUUGAAUGCAUUUAUUCUUCGCAUCCUGUCAAAGGAAAUUGUUGGCAUUGUGAAUGUCCGGCUAACACUGCUUUACUCAACCACCAUCUUCCUGGCCAGAGAGGCCUUCCGCAGAGCAUGUCUGAGUAGGGGCGCCCAGCGGGACUGGAGCCAGACCCUCAACCUCCUGUGGCUAACCAUAUCAAGAAACAUUUUUCCCCUCUUCUAGAGUCCCUUUGGGUGUGUUUUGGUCCUUGUUCCUGGGCUGGGUCUGGUUACAGUUGCUCGAUGUGCCUGAUCCUAAUGUCAUCCCCCACUAUGGAACCGGAGUGCUGGUGUUUGGUCUCUCAGCAGUGGUGGAACUUCUGGGAGAGCCCUUCUGGGUGUUGGCACAAGCACAUAUGUUUGUCAAGCUCAAGGUGAUUGCUGAGAGCCUGUCAGUUAUACUCAAGAGCAUCCUAACAGCUUUUCUUGUGCUGUGGUUGCCUUACUGGGGACUGUACAUUUUCUCUCUGGCCCAGCUUUCCUAUACCACAGUUCUGGUGCUCUGCUAUGUUAUUUAUUUCACAAAGUUACUGGGCUCCCCAGAAUCAACCAAGCAACAAGCUCUUCCUGUCUCCAGAAUGACAGAUAUGUUACCCAGAAUUACAAGAAGUAGAGCUUUUGUAAAUUGGGAAGAGGCUAAACUGACUUGGAGUUUUUUCAAACAGUCUUUCUUGAAACAGAUUCUGACAGAAGGCGAGCGAUAUGUGAUGACAUUUCUGAAUGUGUUAAAUUUUGGCGAUCAGGGUGUAUAUGAUAUAGUGAAUAAUCUUGGCUCCCUUGUGGCCAGAUUAAUUUUCCAGCCAAUAGAGGAGAGUUUUUAUAUAUUCUUUGCUAAGGUGCUAGAGAGAGAAAAAGACGCCACACUUCAGAAGCAGGAGGAUGUUGCUGUGGCCGCUGCGGUUUUGGAGUCCCUGCUGAAGUUGGCCCUGCUGGCUGGUCUGACCAUCACUGUUUUCGGCUUUGCCUAUUCUCAACUGGCUUUGGACAUCUAUGGAGGGGCCAUGCUUAGCUCAGGAUCAGGUCCCAUUCUGCUGCGUGCCUAUUGUCUCUACGUCCUCCUGCUUGCCAUCAAUGGAGUGACUGAGUGUUUCACAUUUGCUGCCAUGAGCAAAGAGGAGGUUGACAGGUACAAUUUCACGAUGCUGGCCCUGUCCUCUUCGUUCCUGGUGUUAUCCUAUCUCCUGACCCGGUGGUGUGGCAGCGUGGGCUUCAUCUUGGCCAACUGCUUCAACAUGGGCAUUCGAAUCACACAGAGCCUCUGCUUCAUCCACCGCUACUACCAGAAGAGCCCCCACAGGCCCCUGGCUGGCCUGUGCCUGUCGCCAGUCCUCCUCGGGACAUUUGCCCUUAGUGGUGGCGUUACCAGUCUUUCAGAGGUGUUCCUCUGCUGUGAGCAGGGCUGGCUGGCCAGGCUGGUGCACGUUGCUGUGGGGGCCCUCUGUUUGGGAGCCACUCUUGGGAUGGCAUUCCUCACAGAGACCAAGCUGAUCCACUUUCUUAGGACUCAAUUAGCUUUAAGCUCCGUUCUGAAUGCAAAGCCCCUGAGAGGAAAUGGAACUGGCCCAGGUUACUGUCACAGGGCUGCUGCUGUGGAUGGAGGGUCAUACGUGAGCCAGUGGAUGGGCCACCCUCUCGGGGCAGUUUUGUUCAUUGUUUUUCCUUCUCUGGACUGGGAUGAAGGACACGAGGUUCAGGUCAACUGGCUUUCCGCUUCGAGAAGCAGCUGGGAGGAAGAGAAAGGCCAGAACCUAGGGUGUCCAGAGGGUGCUGUCUGGAGUGCUACUGUUAAGAGCCUGUUGCUCCAGGCCACCCGACUCCCAUCAGCCUCUGUGGACCACUUCCCUGACUCUGCCAGGGCUCCGGUUGCCUUCCCAAAUUGGGAGAAGGGAUCCAGAUAAAGCAAGAGAGCCAGAGAGCCUGAAUAUCAUGUUCUAGUUCCAGCCCUGCCCCUGUUUCUUCAUAAGAUCCUCUUCUCCAUCUACACAAGGUACUGACCCUGCCCACUGUGACUCGGGGGCCAUGGCAGGGACCCAAGGAAAUUCACUGUGCAACACUCUUUGGGGCUGCAGUGGAGAGUGGGAGGGUGGUGGGCCUGUGCACUUCAAGGCUGGACCCUGGAGCCUGGAGCAUGAAGCCUGAAGCCUGGAGACUGGGCCUGCGUUCAGGCAGGGGAGUUAGGCUAGAGCAGAAGUCAUCACGGAGUCUAAAAUAUCUCCAUGUAUUGUUCUGCCUGAUAACGAUCUUCUCUCCUGAUGUAUUAUGUAUCUUAUGUAUUUCUUAUAUUAAUUUAUAAAUUGUGAAUCAUGAAGUAAGUGUUCUAGGGCAGCCAGUACCCUGUGAAUGGGCAUUUCUAACUGGCCUUUUUUUUCCCUUUGUAUGUGGUACACACAUCCUCCUGUGCUUACACUGCCCUCUAUAUUGUUCUUUUUUUACUACACUUUGUCCCAGUCCAAGUUGUGUCCAGUUUUUUGCUAUGUUGAAUACAGUGUGGAAGAGAAUAUCCUGAUACCAAGACCUCUGAGUGCGGUCCUGCUUCUGCAUUUUGCCUGCCUGUGACGCCUGAGAGCGCUCCUGCUGUGUCAGAGCAGGGCACUGCCUCUGGACUCAACUUCACCCCAGAGGGAGCUCGGGGUGGAAGGCAGCCUGCCCGGGUUACACCAUGUUAAUGACCAGCUGGCCCGGAGCCCAGACUCAGGACCUGCUGGCCAGUGGGCCAAACCCCUCCUUUCACAUGGGUUCCACAUCUGAAAAGGGCUUUGCAAAAUGCCGGGCACCCAGGCAAUGGUCAACAUUCACUGUGAGGUCACGGCAGCCUGUUACUGGGUCAUUCAGUUGACUGUCUUCCCACUGCAGAUACUGGGAAGGUCCUGGGGGAGCCAUGGACCUUGGUGUCCCUGGUGGGCACAAGCUGGCAAUGAGGACCUGACCCUCUAGGCUCCACUGCCUCCUCGGCUGCAGGCUGAAGGAUGCGCCCAUCUCAGUGCUGAGGGUGUGUCUGACACAUGGACCUGCUUCCCAAGAAGUAUCAGGAAAGGCAUUGAUGCCCCAGGCCUUGCCCUGAAGAAUCUGAUUCAUCAGCCUGGUUGGGGCACUGGAAACAAAAGCUACCAGUAAACAGAAAGGAAGUGAAACAACCUGGGCAGGCAUCUCCACCCGCUGUUCCUGUUCCUCCUUCGGGGUGACAUGGCCUCCUCUGGGAAGUGGCUUUGGACUUUGUUCCCUUGCCUGAAGGCCUGGUGUGCAGCCCACUAGGUUCAAGGCCCAUUUGUGCCAUCUUGGUGGGCGCUUGGUGAGCUGCCAGCCUGUAGGUGGAGUCCCGUGGUCUUGACAAGUUCACUCCAAGUUCUUGUGCCUUCGGCCACAGAGCUGACUGUGGAACCCCCCAGGCUGUCUCCUGACCCCGCAACCCUGGAUGAGUUACUCCACCUCUCAAGCCUCAGCCUGCUCUCUGUCUAAACUCGACUUAUUUUUAUUUUCAGAUUUUCUUUUGAUCAAAAGAAUACAGGUACCUAGUUUUAAAAGCUGAAUGACCCCUAAACGGCAGGUUCUGUCCACGUACCAAGCUUCCCCUCUCCCUCGCCCAUCGUUUUAGUUUUUUGGUCAUUUAUUCUUCCAUUUCUCUUCGUAUUUCUAAAUGAUUUGCUUAUAUUGCUGUUUCUUGAUCCCCCACCACCACCACCUUUAGAACAUUGACCUCCUGGUAUGGAGAAAUGAGCUCAAACAGCCACCUCUCCACACACUUCCCUCCCCCAUCCUUCCAGUGUUAUGAUCUGGAGUAAGUUGAUACUCAGUGUUUACAUGUUUCAAACUAUAGAAACAUUGUUCUCUGCUAAACCAAGUAGUACCCUAUUUCCUUUCUACUACAAUCUGUUGUUUUUC